UCGUAUAAAUAUCGGUCCCUGAAGAAUGUUUAAUCAUUGGUUCGUGUGGUUCGGUCAAAAAAAACAAUCAUGUUCUCUAAAAUUCUUGCCGUAGCUGCUUUCGUAGCUGUCGCCCAAGCCGGAGUCCUCGACUACUCCCACGGACACCACGCCACCUCCUACUCCGUAGCUUCCCCAGUCGUAGCCGCCCACGCUGCUCCAGUCUACGCACAUGCCGCCCCCGUCGUAGCCAAAUACGCUGUCCCAGCUUACGCUCAUGGACACGAGGAAUACCCCAGCGCCCCAGCCAAAUACGAAUUCGACUACGGAGUCCAAGACCCCCACACCGGAGACCACAAGAGCCAACACGAAGUACGUGACGGUGACGUAGUCAAGGGCAGCUACAGCGUCGCCGAAGCUGACGGUACCUUGAGAACUGUCCACUACACCGCUGAUGACCACAACGGAUUCAACGCUGUCGUAGAAAAGUCUGGAACUCCCGUUCAUCCAGUCGCUGUUCCCGCUAAAGUCGUCGUACCUGCAGUAGCCAAAACCAUCGUAGCUGCCCCAGUUCAAUAUGCUGCUCCAGCUCACUAUGCUGCCCCAGCUCACUAUGCUGCCCCAGCUCACUAUGCUGCCCCAGCUGUGACCAAGGCUUAUGUAUCUGCCCCAGCUCACUAUUCUGUAGCCAAGGCUGUUGUAGCUGCCCCAGCUCACUAUGCUUCCGCCCCAGUAGCUUACGCCGCCCCCCAUUACUACCACCAUUAUCGGGACAGCAUAGUGAGCUGGGGCAGCAUAUUUAACUGGAGUAGCGACAAUAGUCUUGGCUACAGCAGGUACGACAACUUUAGCGGGAGCAGCGACUGGAUGGACGGGCGUUCCGGACUUUUCUACGACAGCGUUGAAUCCGUUGUGGGCAUCAGCGGUGUAGUGGACAGUUCUCAAGGUACCGUCAGCUUCGGCAACGCUGUAGCUGCCCUUGACUACGUCACCGUCACGUACUUCGUGUUGGCUCUUGUGGUCUCCGGUGUGGGGGUCUUGGACUCCGUAGUCGAAUUCGUAUUUGGCUGGGGCGCUGGGGAUGGGGGCGGUAUGUGCGUAGACUGGAGCAGCGUGGGCGGCUACGACUGGGGAAGCUACGGAGUAAGAGGUGGCGUGGUGUCCGUGGGAGUAGUCGAGGACUCCAGCUUGGGCAACAGCUACGAAAGCAGCGACGACCAAGCAGAUCUAUAUAAAUAUCGGGUCUCAAAAUUGUUUCAUCAUUGGUCCGUUUGGUCUAGAAGAAAAAACAUGUUCUCUAAAAUCCUUGCCGUCGCUGCUUUCGUAGCUGUCGCCCAAGCUGGAGUCCUCGACUACUCCCAUGGACACCACGCCACCUCCUACUCCGUAGCUUCCCCAGUCGUAGCCGCCCACGCUGCUCCAGUCUACGCACAUGCCGCCCCCGUCGUAGCUAAAUACGCUGUCCCAGCUUACGCCCAUGGACACGAGGAAUACCCCAGCGCACCAGCCAAAUACGAAUUCGACUACGGAGUCCAAGACCCCCACACCGGAGACCACAAGAGCCAACACGAAGUACGUGACGGUGACGUAGUCAAGGGCAGCUACAGCGUCGCCGAAGCUGACGGUACCUUGAGAACUGUGCACUACACCGCUGAUGCCCACAACGGAUUCAACGCUGUCGUAGAAAAGUCCGGAACUCCCGUCCAUCCGGUCGCUGCUUCCGCUAAAGUUGUCGUACCUGCUGUAGCCAAGACUAUCGUAGCUGCUCCAGUUCAAUAUGCUGCCCCAGCUCACUAUGCCGCCCCAGCUCAUUAUGCUGCCCCAGCUCACUAUGCUGUAGCCAAGACUGUUGUUGCUGCUCCAGCUCAUUACAAUUCUGCCCCAGUAGCUUAUGCUGCUCCCCACUACUACCACCAUUAAACCGAUAAAUGCUAGGAAGAGAUUUAUUUUUUGCUAAUAAUUUAUUUUUGUAAAUAUUCAUUAAAAAAAAACACCAAAUAAAUUAUUAUAAAAUA